AUGAUUUCCGAAGGGAGAACUGGCGAGGCCUCUGCGAGGUCGGCCAUAACCAACCUCAUGAACACCAUAAUGGGUGCUGGUAUGCUGGCUAUGCCGUACGGAAUCAAGGCCAACGGAAUGGUGCUAGGUGUUUUUGUGAUUGCUUUCUCCGCAUUUUGCUCAGGAUUUGGACUUUAUCUUCAGGGCGUUUGUUCCAGGUAUGUGCCGCCCGGCCAGGCUUCUUUCUUCUCACUUUCGCAGUUGACAUACCCUCAACUUGGAGUGGUUUUCGACUUGGCUAUUGCGGUAAAAUGCUUCGGAGUAGGAAUUUCGUAUUUGGUGGUGAUCGGGGAUCUGAUGCCAAAAAUCACCGAGUCAUUGUUGAAUGAGACUUACCUGGAGUCUCAUUCUCUGUUCUUGAACCGAAACUUCUGGAUCUCCGUCUUCAUGGUGGUGGUGGUGCCUUUGUCAUUUUUGAGGAAACUGGAUUCCCUCAAAUAUGCGUCCAUGGUGGCCUUGUCUUCUGUGGCUUACCUAGUGGUUUUGGUAGUUGUUCAUUUUGCGAGUGGUGAUGUCACGGAAAAAGGCCCGGUUAGGUAUUUCGAGCCGAAAGGCAUAAUCUCCAUGCUGAGUUGUUUUCCUAUCUUUGUGUUCUCAUACACAUGCCAUCAGAACAUGUUCUCUCUGGUGAACGAACUGAAAGACAAAUCAGCCUCCAAUAUCAACAAGGUCAUUCAGACUGGUAUUGGCAGCGCGAUGGUGCUCUACAUUCUGGUCGGAGUCACUGGCUAUUCCACAUUUGGUGACAACGUUGGAGGAAACAUCAUUGUGAUGUACCCUCACUCCGUGUCGUCUACAAUUGGAAGAAUUGCCAUUGUGAUCUUGGUGACUUUGUCUUACCCGCUGCAGUGCCAUCCUUGUAGGGCUUCUACCAAUCAUGUCUUACACUACUUCCAGAAAUCAAAGGCUGGAGAAUCGCUUUCCAGGUCGUGGUCUAGAAGCACGGGCUCUUCUGCUACCAACCAUGUUCAGGAAACGAGGGCAUUGAUAUUUGCUGCCGACGAAGACGAAGACGCCGAAGAAGGCGCGAGCGGGUCUGCCGCAGUCAGCCUGGGAACAGCCAAGUUUGUGGUAAUCACCACAAUCAUUUUGAUUGGCAGUUAUCUGGUGGCCAUGACAGUUAGUUCGCUAGAGCAUAUUUUGGCCUUUGUAGGAUCCACAGGCUCGACUUCGAUCUCGUUUAUUUUACCGGGCAUAUUCGGCUAUAAAUUACUCGGAGAAGAAAAUCGCUGGCUCAAAAGAGCCGCAUUGGCGCUAAGCAUUUGGGGAGUAGUAGUGAUGCUUCUGUGCCUGUCAGCAACGCUUUUCCUGGGCGCUAAGCAUUGA